AUGGACGAGGCUGUUGAGCUUCCACUUGCGAAGCGACAGCGUAGAGAGCAGGAUGGCACCGGAAAGAGGCCUGCGACUAGCUCAAGGCUGUUCGCUCCGUUCAGAACCCUGGGACUAGUGUCGCCGACCAAUGUGCCUUUUACUUCGGUCCCGCUCGGCAAGACGACGUUCCAAAUCACCACCUCGAUUGGGACCUCGCUGCAAACGUACGACCUGCGCCGAGGCCUAAACCUCGUCUUUCUCACUCGGCCGCAAUGCCCCGGCACUAUUACUGCGACUUUCGCCUACCGAGACCGAGUCUUCGUUACCUGGGGAGGCUCGCAGCCGAAAGAGCCCCGAGGACUGUGGGUUUUCAAGAGAGGGCAGCUGGUUGCAGAACUAGACAUCCAGCAUACCCAUCCACAGGAGAUACGCCAGCUAAUCGUCUUCGGGUCCUGGCUCGUCGGCUGCGGUUCAGAGUCCAUUGAGGUCUGGAAAAGCGAGUCGUACGAGCAUUAUACUUCGAUCAGUACUGGGUCCGGAGGGUCGUUGGCCGGCCAGGUCUGUACUCUGCCAACAUUUCUGAACAAGAUCUUCGUUGGGACAAAACAUGGUUCAAUUGAAGUCUACAAUGUCAGUACAGGAAGGCUUGUCCACACAAUUCUUGCGCCCUCGGCACGAUCCGGAGCUGUCACUGCCCUUGCCCCCGCGCCGGCGAUCGGUUUAUUGGCCGCAUCAUACGCCGAUGGCUCCCUCAAUAUCAUCGAUGUCGAAGCCGACGAGACAGUUCUGGAACUGCGCCACAGCAACAACAGGAAGCCAAUAACCUCCAUCACGUUUCGAACGGACGGGAUGGGUGCUGGGGAGGAUGGGCGAAAAGGGGGGAUCAUGGCCACGUCCAGCAUCGAAAGCGGCGAUAUCACACUCUGGGAUCUCAAUCGUGGAGGUAAAGUGGUUGGAGUCGUCCGAGGUGCUCACGAGACCUCCAGCCUGGGUCAAGGCACUGGCGUGAGCAAAAUCGAGUUUCUCGCUGGGCAACCCGUUCUGGUUUCCUCAGGUUUGGACAACGCCCUCAAAUCAUGGGUAUUCGACGAGACUCCCUUCUCACCAACUCCGCGUCUUCUCCACCACAGAAGCGGACACGCUUCCUCUAUUACAAGGCUCAAAUUUCUCCCCGCGGCAUCAGACGGCUCCGACGCAACUGGAAAGUGGCUCUUGUCUGCAUCCCAGGAUCGAAGUCUCUGGGGAUUCUCGCUUCGCCGCGACGGCCAAAGUACAGAACUCAGUCAAGGCGCCAUCAUGCACAAAGCGAAAAAGUCAGGUCUCCUCACAGACGACGCGUCAGCGGUAGAAGACUUGAAAGCACCACCUAUCAUCGACAUGGCCUGCUCACUAAAUCGAGACGGUGGGAUGGGCUCGGUCACUGGCCCAGUCUGGUCCAACUCGAAGAACGUCAGCGCCGAAGAAUCCGGAAUGACCGGCUGGGAAAGCGUCAUUACAGCCCAUGCCGAUGACAAGGUCGCCAGGACGUGGUCCUGGGGACGAAAGAAAGCAGGCAGAUGGGCGUUUGAAACGGGCGAUCACAAACCAGUUACCAGCGUCGCCAUAACUGCUUGCGGAACCUUUGCCGUUGUCGGCUCCGCUGGCGGCAGCCUCGAUAUGUUCAACUUACAGUCGGGGGCGCAUCGACAACGGUACCCGCCACGACUCACGCCCGCCCAGGCGAAGCAAUUAAAGCAGCAGCAGCAGCAGCAGCAAGCAAAUCCAGAGCAGGCAGCUGCUGUACCUCGUGGCCACCGAGCCGCCGUUACCGGCAUCGUGGUCGACAAUCUGAAUCAAACCAUGGUGAGUGCCAGUUUGGACGGCACAAUCAUCAUCUGGGACUUCUCCUCCGGGAAGAUCGUCGAACGGAAAAGCUUCGGCGACGCCGCGCCGACUGCGAUCCGAUAUAAUCCCGUGUCCAGUCUCCUAGCGAUAUCAUGCGACGACUUGUGCAUUCGCGUCAUUGACAUCGAAACACGCAAGGUCGUCCGUGAGCUCUGGGGUUGCACUGGCCAAAUCUAUGAUUACUGCUUCUCCCAUGAUGGGCGAUGGAUCGUCGCUGGCUCCAUGGACUCUGUCGUGCGCGUGUUCGAUCUUGCCACGGGCCAUCUGAUCGACGCGUUCAAGACAGCAGCGACAUGCACAAACAUGGCGUUCUCCAGCACUGGCGAAUUUCUCGCCACGACCCACGCCGGGAGUUCAGGGAUAUUCAUCUGGACGAACAAAGCUCUCUUUACGCACGUGCCGACACGACAGAUCGACGACAUCAAAGGGAUCAUCGACCUCAGUCAGACGCCUGCCGCAUUCAACGCAGCGAGUCAACUUGCCAUUGACGAAUCCAGUGUGGCUGCAGAAGAGGCAGAAGAAUUCCUAGUUGACGGCAUGGAUGUCUCGUCGAAACUCGAACAGUUGGACAAGUCCCUCCUCACGCUCUCCCUCCAGCCUCAAUCCCGGUGGCAGACUCUCUUGAACCUCGACAGCAUCCGCGCAAGGAAUAAACCCAUUCAACCUCCGGAGAAACCCAAAGCCGCGCCUUUUUUCCUGGGCACGUCCGCAAGCCUCGCUAACGGCGGUGACACGCCUCGUCUCAACGGACCUGAGCCAAAGGCCGUCGAUGAGACCGAGCGCUCUCGCAUUUCCCGCAUGGCUGUAUCGAGCAUCGCUUCUGGCAGCGACCUCUCCUCUCUCCUGGAAAAGUUCUCCCGAGAUGCCGAGCGCGACCCCGCCGCCCUAGCGACAUACCUUUCCGCCCUACCACCGUCGGCGGCAGACCUUGAAAUCCGCUCCAUCGCGCUCUCUGAGAUGCCCGCGUUCAUCACCUUCCUUACCGCCCAGCUCCGCGCAAGAAUAUCCUUUGAGUUGGUGAAUACGUGGAUGAAUGUGUUCUUGCGCGUCCAUGGGGAUUUCGUGUCUGAAGUGGAUGAGCUUCGGCGCGCGGUCAUGACCUGGCGAGACGUCAUGCUGGAGGAGGAGCGACGUUUGGCCGAGUUAGUAGGGUAUAGCCGGGGGGUGGUUGAGUUUCUAAGGAGUGCGAGAUAG